AUGGCAGAGGAAGAUUUUGCAAUCGCAAUAAUUCCGGAACCAUACAUGAUACCGAGAAAUCAUCCUCAGUGGUACGCUAAUGAAAAUAAAACAAUAGCAAUUACAUGGAGAAGAUCAAAGAACCCUCUUCCGUGUGUUCCGAUCGAAAGAGGAGAACAUUAUGUGGUGGUUAGAUGGGGCGACAUAAUUAUAAUCGGGGUGUAUCUGUCCCCUAACGUAGGAACUACAAUAGUCGAAAAAACCAUAGAAGCGAUAGAGAGAUGCGUAAGGUUUUACAACGACAGAGCCAUAGUCAUAGGGGGUGACUUCAACGCCAAGGCUGAAAUGUGGAAAUCCCCAGUCUCAAAUCCAAGAGGAUUACUCAUCACAAACUGGGUAAGUGAGAUGGGCCUCAUAUGCCUAAAUCAUGGAGGCCGAAGCACGUGCAUUCAUGGAACCGGUGAAUCAAUAGUAGACAUCACGUUCGCGAAUCAAAUAGCCGCAGCACGUAUCACUAACUGGGAGGUAUCUAUGACGGAAAGCGCGUCCGAUCAUAGAUACAUUGAAGUAACCAUCGGCAAAACGAGCUCUCAGACAAAGAAAGAAACGAUGCCCAGACCAAAAAGAUGGAUACUUCAAAAACUAAAUGAAGACCUGCUUAGAGCAGGAAUAAUAAAAGGAGAUAACUCCCAGAGCUAUGCCGUGGUGGAAGAACUUGCUCAAUUGCGAGACGCGGCAACGAAAGCACGAAGAAAGGUUAAACGUGCUCGUAAACACGAAAACCCGGAAGAUCUUGCCGAGAUAAAAGAUAAAAUAAGUGAAUACAAAGAGGCUAGAAAAAAACUCAGCAAGGCUCUGAGGAAAGCCAAAGCCUUGGCAUGGAAUGAGUUUGUGGACACACUCAACGAGAAUCCGUGGGGUCGCCCAUAUCUAACAGUGAUGGGCAAAUUAAGAAGAUGGACGCCACCUUACACGGAAUCGUUGGAGGAGUCUGCUCUAGAUAGGGUAGUGAAUGGCCUCUUCCCUCCUCCAAUGGGAAACAUUGAGGAGUGGACGGAGCCUCCACUCCCAGAGGAGGGCUUUAAGUCAUGGGUGGACGAUUUUAAGAGUCAUACCAACAAAAUAACGACUGCGGGAAAGCUCGGAAACCGGAAGGAAGACCAGGACCAGCUCAACAAAACUAUACAGGGAGAAGACGCCACGAAGAGCCCUCCUAAUUAA